AUGGCAAGGAAGAAGGUGAGGCCGCGGCUGAUCGCCGAGCUGGCCCGCCGAGUGCGCGCUCUGCGUGAGCAGCGGGACCAGCCGCACGACUCACAGCGCUACGCCCUGGACUACGAGACUCUGACGCGGCCGUACACAGGCUACCGGCUCCCAGUACGCGCCUGGGUCGACGUGCGCCGCGAGAGCCGCCUCUUGCAGUUGCUCAGCCGCUUGCCUCGCUUCGGCCUGGGUCGUCUGGUUACGCGCAAGUCCUGGCUGUGGCAGCACGACGAACCGUGCUACUGGCGCCUCACACGAGUACUGCCCGACCAUACAGCGCAGAAUUUGGACCACGGGAAGGCCUGGGGUGUCCUGACCUUCAAAGCUCUGUUCCUUUCCUCAGGUAAGACAGAGAGUGAGGCCCGGGAGAUCCAGCAUGUUAUGCACCACGACUGGCGGGUGGUGCCCAAGCACGAGGAGGAGGCCUUCACAUCAUUCACGCCGGGGCCCGAAGACGACCUGCGCUCCGUGCCCUACCCGCCACUGCUCCGCGCCAUGAUCCUCGCGGAUCGGCAGAAAACUGGGAAUCUUAGCGCAGAGGAACCCUUGUUGAGCCUGGAGAGGACGCACGCGGAUCCUUGGGACUAUCCUGAGAAACUGGAAGCCAAAGGCAAGGCCAAGGGCACCCCAGUUUAACAAACAAGGACCGAAAUAGACGCUGAAAAUCUUGCCUUUUGAUGGGGGGAGGUUGGGGGGACUUUGAUACAAGGACCUGAGUACAGGACCCCGAGGGUGGGCUGCAGGGCGCAGCGGGCUGGCAGUCAGACCACAAGAAGCUUCUUCCUCGCUCCUGGGCCCGGGAAUAAACACUGUAAAAGGC